CCCGAACCGCAAUGAUUUAGAAGUUCAGGAAUCCCACGUGACGUCACCCGGGGGUGACGUUAUGCUUCUCUAAAUAGAUCGUAUUGUAAUCUUUUCUCAGUCCAACGUGGUUUCUUCUCAGAGACUGCUUCACAUUUUCUACACUUGUUUGGUAAGUUGAAAACCUCACGCCACCAUGCAGAGGACCGUGCACGCACCGCUGCAGUUUUAUGAGAAGGUGGCCAGAGGGAUGAACUCGGACCAGGAAAGGCCGUACGUGUGCAACGCUCCAGGCUGUUCUCAGCGAUUCCAGACGGAGGACCAUUUGAUGAUACAUAGACACAAACAUGAGAUGACCCUUAAGUUCCCCUCCAUAAAGAACGACAACAUGUUAUCAGGCCAGACGCCCACACCAACACGCUUCUUGAAGAACUGUGAGGAAGUGGGAUUAUUCAGUGAACUGGAUUGCUCCAUAGAGCAGGAGUUUUGCAAGGCCCAGGAAGAAGAGGACAAUAAACAGAGCGUCUCGCUGCACGGCCAGGCGGGCCAAGGCCAGCACCAGCAGUCCCACUCGCAGAUGGGCAACCAUGAUACCAGCAUAGUGAUCCAGCAGGCCCUGCCCUCCCCUCAGUCCAGCUCCGUCAUCACUCAGGCUCCUUCCACCAACAGACAGAUAGGGCCUGUCCCCGGCUCUCUGUCCUCAUUGCUGCACCUACGAAACAGACAGAGACAGCCUCUGCCAGCCUCCAUGCCUGGAACCCUGCCAGACCCGACCAUGCCCGGCUCCUCAGCCGUGCUGAUGCCUAUGGAGAGACAAAUGUCAAUGGGCGGAAAUAUGAUGGGUAUGCAAGGACCUGGCCACGGUAACUCCUGCUCUUCCGCUCACAUUCCCUCCAUGCACUCAGAAGCCAAACUGAGGCUGAAGGCUGCACUUUCCCACCAUCCGGGUGCCAUCGCAAACGGCAACAUGAACUCCAUGGGCCACAUGAUGGAGAUGAUGUCAUCGCGGCAGGACCAAGGCACCCACCAUCACAUGCACUCACACCCGCACCAGCACCUGCAAGCACCUCCCCACGCGUACCAGCACCACGGUCACCACCACCACAGCCAAAGCCACGGCCAGGCUGGACACCAUCACCCGCAGGGACACAACCCCCAUCACAACUCCCACAAUCCCCACCUCCAUGCCGGGCACCCACACCAGACCUCACCGCACCCUCCGAUGCACUCUGCUUCGCAUAUGUCACCUGCCACCCAGCAGAUGCAUCCCACGCAGACACUGCAGUCUCCACCUCCCAGCAGUGGACGGCGCCGACGAGUGGUGGACGAAGAUCCGGAUGAACGUCGGCGGAAGUUUCUGGAAAGGAACAGAGCGGCAGCCACGAGAUGCAGACAGAAGAGGAAAGUGUGGGUGAUGUCAUUAGAGAAGAAAGCAGAGGAGCUCACUCAGACCAACAUGCAGCUCCAGAGCGAAGUGACGAUGCUCAAGAGCGAGGUGACCCAACUCAAGCAGCUCCUCCUCACACACAAAGACUGUCCCAUCACCACUAUGCAGAAAGAGUCCCAAGGUUACCUCAGUCCAGAAAGCAGUCCGGCGGGCAGUCCAGCGCCAGAGUGCUCCCAGCAGCAGGUCAUUCAGCACAACACCAUCACCACCUCCACCACAACUGUAGGGGGCAGCUGUGUGCACGGGCAGUCCAAUCACCGCACAGACAUUAACCCCAUUCACUAGGGACAAGAGAGAGACUAUAUUCCCCCCCCCCCCCCACAACCCCCAACGUCCCUCCAUCAAGAAAAACCUCAAAGGCCUGUAAGGCUAUUCUUUAUACAGUAGCUACAGUAUGUAUUUUUAUAGACCAACCCUAUUAACCCAUAAAUGCUCUUUAGUUUGUUGCCUCUUUUCCGUUUUCUUUCACUUUGUGCUUUUAGCAAAAAGUGAGUUUUGCUAAUCUCAUGCAGCGUCUGAGUGGGUUUUUCUGUCGUUUAGUGGUACAAAAAGGACCAUGGUGGUCAUUGAACCAGAGGACAAAGACACACUGUAAGCCUCAGACUAUCUAUUAUCAUGCUUUACAUCUCUGUAAGCCUGAUGGACUGAAACACAAGUAAGUGCAUUCUCUGAAUACCACUUACGGACAGUUAUGUUGAGUGUGUGCAGCAGACACAAUGUGAGUGAGACGUCGCUGCCUUUCAAGCCAAGUCAAACUGUCCCUAUGGUGUCAUGAAGACAGGAAUAUGCAAGCAGGUGUAAUGAUGCUUUUGUUUCCUAGAAACGAAUAUGACUGUUAAGCUUUUCUUCCCCCUGCCAGCGGAAUUCUCAAAGAGUGUCGUGAAAUACAGCAUGACAGCGAAAACAUGAUCAAUUGGAAGCAAUACAUCACAGUAUUGAUCACCUUCUCUAUUAAGUGUCCACAGUAUGAUCGGUGUGGCCAAGCCACUCCGGUCCGUGGACAUGCUGUUACAGCUAUGGAACUGCACACUGUGAUACCAGUGAGGCAGCUGAAACAAACUCCUCCGUCUCCAGGACCAACUGAAGCUUUAAUUAUCGGGGUUUCUUUUUGUGUGUUUGUGCGUCUGGAUCAUUUUCAGUAUGCAAGUUAGUUUUGUAUAGUAUGUUUUGGCUUCUUUCUUCUGCAGAACAAAGUUCAGCAGUUGUGUAAGGAAAGAAAAUUGUGUGGGAGAAAAUGACUUUAAGCAGGUUUUUUUUUAAUUUCUGAAAACCUGGUUAAGUGUUGUACGGUUUUUAAAGAGGAGCGGGUGAUGCCUGUGCUUUCAAAAUGUCACAAUGUGCCUAAAUAUUUCUUCAAAUCUUUUUUUGGGGCUUUCCCUAGAGAGCAUCUGUUUUUCUUGAAAUAAUCAAAAGCCUUUCAUUAUCUGUGUAUUAUUAAUGAGUUUCCUCUGUUAUUUUUUUUUCAUUGAUGUCUGCUGCAUGUAAGCCCAAAAACCAGCUGACCAAGGAGAAAAAGUACCGUUUCCCAUGUAACCUCUGACCUCUUCGUCAAUGUAUCCUCUCUUCCUCAGGCCUCUGCAGCGCGAUGGAUGUGCUUAUAGUGACCUUUUAAAAAAAAAAAAUCUCCCUUGCAGCCUUGAAACUUCACGCCUUCUCAUGUUCACCACAACUCCUCUUUUUCUCUCUUUCCUAUGACCAGGAAUGUCGACUCAUUAGCAGGAUGACCAUAAUGCACUGUGUUUUACAGUAGGAUGGAUGAAAUACAUUCCACUGACAGGUGGAGCGAUAGCAGAGCUGUCUAUGCACUUUGUCCUCUGUCAUGCCAGAGGGUAGAAUAGCCAUAUUAAGGUCAGAGUACUUCUCAGUGAUCCUCCCCUUUUUCACACACCAGCGCGAGAACUUAGCCGUGUUUGGCUUUGUGAAGAGACUGUGCCUGGUAUGCGUCAUGUUUGUAGAUGAAGAAAGGGAACUCAAAGCUCACGUUGUAGAGACCCUGCGCGGUUAAGAACGGUUCCUUUUUAUUAAAUCCUGGAAUAAUAUAGACGGAUGGGAAUCUUUAUCCUCGCAAUGGGCUACAUUCAAGUUUUGUUGAACAAUUUGGACUGUUUACGUUGUGUUGUUAACUCUUCUUCGGUGUGCGCAUUUUGGUGUUUGUGUCAUUGAGAGAAAAUGAUUCUCUUUAAAAGGGCUUUGUCGUACAACCCUUUGAACUGAAGCUUGCCUUUUUAAAGUUGUUUGUUAAAACCAUAUUUUAGGUCAUUCCAAUUUAAUCUCUCGCAUGUAAAAAUAUGUUCAUGACCUCAAAAAACUUUCAACUGGAAUCAUUUGAAGAAUGUUGCUGUUUUAGAGUUUUAUAUGAGAGUCUCUAGCCUCAUGUUUUACAGUGGGUCCAGGUUCAGUAAAAGACAUUUGUCACUGCAGGAAGAAAAAAAAAAAAAGAUGGUUGAAAGUGCAGUGUGAGUGCGUCUGUGUUGAGGCGUGAGAGGUGAACAAUUCCUACGUAUUAAAAAUGUAUUAUUUGAAAUCUCAAACUAUAAAUAUUGUACAUACUUCCAUUAAUUUCUGUAAUAUUGUACAUGUAAUGCAACCACCUUUCUUAUUGAAGGGAGUAAAUGUGUGGUACAUGUUUGUAAAUAAUGUUUUCAUAGCACUUGUUGCCUCUUGUUGUACGUCAAGGCUCAUUUCAGCGCUUAAAUACAUUGUUUUAAUGUAAUGAACUGAUGAAUCCAUUCUGGCCUGCAUAACUUUGUACAUUUGUUGUGUGUCUGUAAUGAACGUCUCCAUUUUGUUUUGAAUAUGUACAGAUGUUAAAGUAUCACUGCAAUUACAUUACGGUAUGAAAAUAAAGCACUUGUUCUGUAACAAUUAA